AUGGCGCUGGCCGAUGAGACAAAGAGAGUUGUGUCGCAGUUCGAAUUCUCGGACAAGGACGUCAACAUCCAUGUUCAAGAAUUCUUGACGCAAAUGAAGGAGGGCUUGGAAAAGGAUGGUACGAGUCUUAGUCAGAUUCCUACUUACGUUACCGGAGUCCCUAAUGGUACGGAAAAGGGAUUGUACUUGGCAGUUGACCUUGGCGGCACCAACUUUCGUGUCUGCUCCAUCACGCUCAAUGGCGAUACGACCUUUAACCUGACCUACAACAAGGUGGCCAUUCCUAAGGAACUCAUGGUUGCGAAGACUGCCAAGGAACUUUUUGCCUUCUUGGCUAAGCAGAUUGAAUUGUUCCUCCGAGAACACCACGCCGAUCAUUUCGAGAGCCAUGUGCGGCGCAGAGCUACCGCAAGCACCCCAAUGGGCUAUCGCGACGAGCAAAUCUUUCGCCUGGGCUUCACUUUCAGCUUCCCCGUGAAGCAGUUGGCUAUUAACAAGGGUAAUCUCAUCCGCUGGACCAAGGGUUUCGACAUUCCAGAUGCCAUCGGCAAAGACGUCUGCCGACUGCUACAGGACGAAAUCGACAACUUGAGCCUCCCAGUCAAGGUCGCAGCUCUUGUGAAUGAUACGGUCGGUACCCUCAUGGCAAGAUCAUAUACCUCAACUGGAAAGCACCGCUCUUUACUUGGUGGCAUCUUCGGGACUGGCACAAACGGUGCUUAUAUUGAGAAGACGGCCAACAUCAAGAAACCGAUUGAAGGUGAAUACGAUACUUCAACUGGCGAAAUGGUCAUCAACACCGAAUGGGGCUCAUUCGACAACCAGCUCAAUGUUUUGCCAUCCACACCAUGGGACAAAGCACUCGAUGCGCAAAGUGUGAACCCCGGCAUCCAGAUGUUCGAGAAGCGAGUGUCGGGAAUGUUUCUGGGCGAGAUUGUGCGAUUGACUGUUGUGGACAUGAUCAAGGAUGACGGUAUCAGCCUUUUCCGGGAUGCCAACUCCAGCUUCAACGACAGAUCCACAACCACGAGCAUUGGACAAAAGGCGCGCAUCUUCAACGCAUGGGGACUUGACAGCGCAAUCAUGUCCGUUGCGGCGGCCGACAACACACCCGAGCUGUCCACAAUCCGACUGGAAUUGGAAAAGUCAUUGGAUAUUUACGCCCCGUCGUUGGAGGACGCUCAAGCGUUCAAGGCCAUUUCCGACGCGGUUGCUCGCCGAGCCGCCAGACUGUCUGCAGUUGCCAUUGGCGCUAUUGCGCUGCAAUCCGGCAAGCUCGAGGAUCCAAACGAGGAAGUGAUUGAUAUUGGCGUCGACGGUAGUUUGGUCGAACAUUAUCCAUUCUUCCGUGACAUGAUUUACGAAGCUCUCGGCGCCAUUGACGGAAUCGGUGCCACCGGAGCCGGCAAGAUUCGAAUUGGCAUUGCCAAGGACGGAAGUGGAGUUGGCGCAGCUCUGAUUGCCUUGAUUGCCGCUCGACAGGAGAAACCUGGUGAUUUCCUUGCCGACCUGCGCCAAGAUAUCAAGAGACGCCUCCAAAAGAUCCCGUCUAAUACAUCGACAUCGGUCGAAGAGCCAACUGUAUCCACCACGGCUCUUGUCGUGGGUGGUCUGGUUGCGGCAGCAGCUAUUGCAGGAAUCUGGUGGAGUAGGCAACAGCGAUGA